CGUUGCGCCGCGAUGGAGGGUCCCUUCACUGGUGGUGCGGCCCGGGAGGGUGUUAUCCCCCAUAUAUCAAAAAGCGCCUUGUCCCUCUCUCUUUCAAACUUUCCAUGAGGGAUUCUGUUCUUCUCAUAAAAACGAGAGAGGAAGAGAAAACAAAUACAACCGCUUCUUUCACCAGGAAAACGCAAACCGCUUGCUUCUUUUCUCCCGCCUUCUAAUUUUCUUCCUGAAAAAUUUCCCCUUGGACUAACCCAAUACUACCUCUUUAGCCAAAUCCAGUGACGUUCGCGCACAAGAAAGAAGAAUUCAUGGCGGAAAUCCCAAAACCGUAUUCUGGAGAAGCGAAACCAAGUGCUUCUGCGAUGAGUUUAGCCCAUCAGGAAGGCGAUCGAAACAAGACGGAGGCAUCGGACGGCUCCGUCGCGAUCGAUAUCGGUGCCCUCUCAAGUCUCUCCACCAGCAACGAAAAGGACUCCAUUUCCAGUCCUCGAGUCUCCAGGUUGAAAAGCCUUUCCCGAAAAGGAUCUCAGCGAAGUGGCGGAAGCGAGGAGCGGAAGGCGGCCGAAGGAGAGACCGCCGACUCCUCCCUCGGUGGGCCCGGAUCGGACGUGAAAUCGGCUCUUUUGGUGCACGUGGCGGGCGAUGGGGAGCCCUCGGCCUUCUGUCAUGCGACGACGCCAACAGCGGCUGGAGGGAGGUGCAGGAGGCUGGGGAGGCGGCAAACGCCGUGGCUUGACUCGAGGCGGGUUCUAUUCUUCUUCGCCACCUUGUCUAGCAUGGGAACACUGAUACUGCUAUAUUUCACACUCUCCAUGAAGAAGAUGGCCGGUAGCAACGCCAACGCGCGGUGAUGCGACCCCCACUGCUACACAGUGUUCCACCCACUGCUCAGCAAUAAUAUUUUCUUUUCAGCAUGCUUGGAACUGUGUCAUCGCACUCUAGAGCUACAAUGGAGUUUCGAAAGAGUUUGUAUAUAAGAUGAACCCAAAAAAGAGAAAGUGUAGAAGAGGUAUUGCAGGGCUGACGAGGAAAAAGUAUACUUUGGUGAGAGUGUUAGAAAGAGACACCAUGAGAAAGAGAUAUGUAGGUGGAAAGGAGAUAGAGAGAGGGAGAUGUGUGUCGGCAUGUUGUUGAUAGCACAUUCCUCUUGUUAACUCUGGCCCGACCAAGGUGUUCCUUCUUUAGUUUGGUUUAUGGUAGAUUGGCUUGAUGCAA